GAGAUUAUUAUUAUUAUAAUAAUAAUUUUGAAUUUAAGUUUGAUUAUGGUUCCUCAAUCUCAUAUCUCGAAAAGAACAAAAACUCUACGUAUAAUUAUGGAUGAUUCUGAUGCAACUGAUUCAUCAUCAGAUGAAGAUGGUAAUUUUGAGAAAAGAAUGAUGAGAAAAAGAUUUGUAUAUGAAUUUACAGUCCCUAAUUUUCCACGCGACAAUGGUUGUGUUGACGAAAUAAUGAAUGUCGAUAAUGGAAUGGAAAAAUAUAAAGGCGUUCGAAUGAGAGCAUCCGGUAAAUAUGUUUCAGAAAUUCGAAACCCACUUAAGGCUAAACGUGAAUGGUUGGGAACUUUCGACACCGCUAAAGAGGCUUCAGAUGCAUAUCAAGCUAAAAAACAGGAAUUUGAAGCCAUUAUUAAGAGUAGGGGUCUAUCUAAUAGAAAGCCCAACAAUGUUAUUUAUGUUGAAACUAUGGUUACUAAUUUAAAUGACUCAAAGAUUGAUGCGUGGCAGCGUUCUUCGACUUCUUUGCCAGAAUCAGUUACAAGCAAUGAAACAAUUACUUUGAAGGGUGAAUUUAUGGAACAAAAUAGGCCCGAUCUAAGUUAUUUGGAUGUGGUGAGGCAAUCGGAUGGGUUAAAGAAUGAAGACUUUGCUUUGGCUAACUUUGGUGAUGAAGAAGUUAUUAGAUGGAUUGAUGAUGGUCUCAAUGUAUCGUGCCCAUAAAUUUUGAAUUAACUGUUUUACUUGUGAUUUAUUUAUUUUUUAUUGGAUGGAAUAUAUUGCAGUUUUUAGAGAGA